AUGUGGGUUGCGGCAGCAUACCGCACGGCUUCCUUUGUCGCGGCAUUUCUGCCAACGAGGGCACCACCGCUAGGCUUAGUGGCGGACGCGCGUGCCCGCGCCUUCAAUAGGAUGCGCGAACUGCAACACGCGGGGGACACAGCCAGCGGGCUAGGACGCGAGUUGGCGGCGGCAGAAGGACUCAGGGUACGCGAGCAAUGGAAAGCGAACACCGAGAGGUCUGACCUCCCGAGCGAGCGAAUCAGGUGCGCUAUACGCGCAAACUGGGAGGAAUGGUUCAACCGAAGCCAUGGGGGGAUGUCUUUCCGACUGACGCAGGUCAUGACAGGGCAUGGCUAUUUCGGAAGCUUCCAAUGUAGGAUAGGGAAAAUAGCGAACCCUACAUGCGAACACUGCGGCAGAGCCGCCGACACGGUGGAACACACAGUGGAAGUGUGCCCGGCUUGGCACAAGGAGCGGGAGAUCCUCCGCGCAACCGUCGGUGAGGACCUCACCCUGACGAGCCUAGUCCGCGCGAUGGCGAGGAGUAGGGAAGGGUGGGCCGCGGUGACCCGGUUCGCAGACCAGGUCAUGACCCGUAAAGAGCGGGCAGAGAGAGAGAGCGCGAACAACGCGAAACGCGAGCGCGGGGGAAUGUCGACGGAAACGUUUGACGGGUGUUAG